AUGCUCUAUUAUAGUGGUCAUACUCGGCGGAUAGGUGAUGUCGAUGAAGGGUCUACUGUCACCGACUUCCUUCCUGCUGAGCGGGCGCGCGGCAUUACCAUUCAAUCUGCAGCCAUCACCUUCGAAUGGCCCCCAGCUCAAACUGCAACACCUCCAGCCGCCACCGAUAGCAUUGAAAUUCAGCCUCGCUCAAGUUUCCCGCACACCAUCAAUUUAAUCGACACUCCAGGACAUGCUGACUUCACCUUCGAAGUCCGCCGGUCUCUGCGAAUCUUGGAUGGCGCUGUUUGUAUUCUGGACGGCGUUGCUGGCGUCGAGGCUCAGACUGAGCAAGUAUGGGCCCAAGCCGGCGAGUGGAAUAUUCCGCGAAUAGCAUAUGUCAACAAGUUGGAUCGUGAUGGUGCGGCUUUCGGAAGAACAGUGCGCGAAAUUGGCUCCCGCUUGGGUGGGUGGCCUGCAGUCUGUCAGAUUCCUUGGUUUGAAGGUGGGAAGGGUCGUUUCACUGGCGUGGGAGAUGUCAUCAACUUGGAGGGAUUGUUGUACGAGUGUGGGGGAGAUGGAAAAGCAAUCCGGCGUUAUCCUCUCUCACAGUUGGAGCAAGAGCAUCCGGAGCUCGCACAAGAAUUGCGACGAGCUAGGACCGCUCUUGUUGAACUACUCAGUGAACAUGACGAUCAGCUCGUCGAAGCCUUUUUCGAGGCAGAAGAAGACCAUCUUAACGUGACUCCUGCUCAGAUUUGGGAUUGUCUACGAAGGUGUCUACUCAUUCCGCACAGCAUAAUCAUCCCAGUCUUUGCUGGCGCCAGCUUUCGUAAUAUCGGAGUGCAACCUCUGCUAGACGCAGUCAACAACCUCCUGCCCUCUCCAGAAGAGCGUCCGGAUCCCGAAAUUGGUCUUGGAUCAGUUUCCGGAGGACUUUCACAGCUGAUACGAGGCGAUUUGCCACUUGAGAAACAAACGCCAAAGUCCAAGAAGAAAGGGACCGACUCAGUACCGAUGGCAGUGGGCAAGGCUUUGCAAGGCUGUGCAUUGGCGUUCAAAGUGGUCAAUGAUCCACGCAAGGGUAUGCUGGUCUACAUUCGAGUCUAUUCGGGAACGAUAGAGCGCAAUGCACUCCUGUUCAACACGAACCUUCAAAAUUCAGAAAGAGCAACGACGCUACUCCGGAUGUAUGCUUCAGAAUCUGUCCCUGUCCAGUCGUUACAUGCUGGUGAGAUAGGUGUUAUUGCAGGCUCAAAGUUGGCUCGCACUGGUGACACGCUCAUCUCCUUUGCGGGAAACAAGGCCACUCCCCCUCAUCCAUUGCAAAAAUUACAACUGCGUCCAAUUAGGGUACCCCCGCCUGUGUUUUUCGCCGCCAUCGAACCAAACAGCUUGCGGGAAGAGAAAGAUAUGCACGAAAAACUGGCACUGCUAUUGCGAGAAGAUCCCAGCCUACAGGUUUUGCAGGACGAAGAUACCGGCCAAACUCAGAUUAGUGGCAUGGGAGAAUUGCAUCUUGAGAUUGCCCAAGACAGAUUGGUCAACGAUUUGAAAGCAAAAGCGCGUAUGGGUAAGAUUGCGAUCGGUUACCGAGAAACACUUCCACAAGCUUCCAACGCCAUCACCAAAGUUUUGGAAGGAGAACGUGCGGCCUCAAAGGGGAAGGCAGGGUGUACCGCCCUCGUGGGACCUUUGCAAGACGGACUUGUUGAUGCUGACAAUGACUCUGGAGAUAAUUUCAGUCAUGAAGAGGACGGAAACUUGGUGAUCAUCGAGACACCAACCCUGGACCAGCGAGGAAGAGCACUUGACAGCGAGACGGGAGGCCUGCCGUCACACCUCCUGCUUCCAGAAAUCCAAGUUGCGUGUCUCAACGGCGCAUUGGCAGCUUUGAGCCGUGGUCCUUCCUGGGGCUAUCCGAUGCGCAACACAAAAGUCACCUUGAUUCUCCGUCCAGACCAGCACAUGUUUGGCACGGAAACAACGUACGGAUCUCUGACGGCGGCUGCUCGACUGGCCACGAUCGGAGCGUUCAAAGAUGCCACCAAGAGCAGUCCUUGCUCUCUGAUGGAACCUGUGAUGAAUGUCGACAUCAACGUGGACGAAGCAAGCCUAGGCAGUGUCAUCCAGGACAUCUCUUCAGGUCGGGGAGGGCAUAUUGUCUCCCUUGGCGACCAUGAAGAAGAGCAAUCGCAGACAGACAUGGACUCCAGAAGGGUAGACGUGCGGAGGAUCUAUACACCAAAGGAUCCCUUCGAAUCUGGUUCAUCGUUGGCCGGAGAAGACCAUCAAAGAGUGAAUUUCCAAAGGACCGUCAAGGCCAAGGUGCCACUGAAAGAAAUGGUUGGCUACCUCAAACAUCUCCGCAGCAUGACCGGAGGAAGAGGAACGUUUGUGAUGAGUUUUGACCGGUUCGAGAAAAUCACCGGUCCUCGAGAGACAGCACUCAUUGCAGAACUACAGGGCGGAUUGUGA